AUGUCUGUUAGUGCAACCGAGAAUGAUCCUCCUAGAUUCUUCGUGGGUGGAGAAGAUGGAGAAGAAUUAUUGGAUUCAGCCAGAUCUACAGAUUACGAACAUUUCUAUGACCAUGGGGAAGAAGAGGAGGAAGAGUAUGACUCUCCACCAGAAAGACAAAUCGCAGUUGGGAUUUGUUCAAUGGCUAAAAAAUCUAAGUCCAAACCAAUGAAAGAAAUUCUUGAACGCCUCUCCAUGUUUAAGUACAUAACUGUGGUAAUAUUUGAAGAGGAUGUUAUUUUGAAUGAGCCAGUAGAAAACUGGCCUUUAUGUGACUGUCUCAUUUCUUUUCAUUCUAAAGGAUUUCCACUGGACAAAGCAGUUGCCUAUGCAAAACUCAGGAAUCCAUUCAUAAUCAAUGACUUGAAUAUGCAGUAUCACAUACAAGACAGGAGAGAAGUAUACGGUAUUCUUAAAGCUGAAGGCAUUUUACUUCCUCGCUAUGCAGUUCUGAACCGUGAUCCAAACAAUCCCCAAGAAUGCAACUUGAUUGAAGGAGAAGAUCACGUGGAAGUGAAUGGAGAAAUUUUCCAAAAGCCUUUUGUAGAAAAGCCAGUUAGUGCUGAGGACCACAAUGUUUACAUUUAUUAUCCAACAUCUGCUGGGGGUGGAAGCCAGAGGCUCUUUAGAAAGAUUGGCAGCAGAAGCAGUGUUUAUUCCCCUGAAAGCAGCGUGAGAAAAACAGGCUCCUAUAUUUAUGAGGAAUUCAUGCCUACAGAUGGCACUGAUGUGAAGGUGUACACAGUAGGUCCAGACUAUGCUCAUGCUGAAGCCCGGAAGUCUCCAGCUCUGGAUGGCAAGGUAGAACGAGAUAGUGAAGGAAAAGAAGUGAGGUAUCCAGUCAUCCUGAAUGCAAGAGAGAAGUUAAUUGCUUGGAAAGUGUGCCUUGCCUUUAAACAAACAGUUUGUGGCUUUGAUUUGCUGCGUGCUAAUGGACAGUCCUAUGUCUGUGAUGUGAAUGGCUUCAGUUUUGUGAAAAACUCCAUGAAAUACUAUGAUGAUUGUGCUAAAAUACUGGGAAAUAUCAUAAUGAGAGAACUUGCUCCCCAGUUUCAGAUACCAUGGUCUAUUCCUUUGGAAGCUGAAGACAUCCCUAUUGUGCCAACCACCUCUGGAACAAUGAUGGAGCUUAGAUGUGUUAUAGCUGUAAUACGCCAUGGGGACAGAACACCAAAACAAAAAAUGAAGAUGGAAGUAAAACAUCAAAAGUUUUUUGAUCUCUUUGAAAAAUGUGAUGGAUAUAAAUCUGGAAAACUAAAACUGAAAAAACCAAAACAGUUGCAGGAAGUGCUUGAUAUAGCAAGGCAACUCCUUGUAGAACUUGGGCAAAACAAUGAUUCUGAAAUUGAAGAAAGUAAAGCAAAACUUGAACAACUAAAGACUGUGUUAGAAAUGUAUGGGCAUUUUUCAGGCAUAAAUCGCAAAGUUCAGUUAACAUAUCUUCCUCAUGGUUGCCCAAAGACUUCCAGUGAAGAGGAAGAUAAUAGAAGAAAUGAGCCAUCCCUACUUCUCGUUCUAAAAUGGGGAGGAGAAUUGACCCCUGCGGGCAGGGUUCAAGCAGAGGAGCUUGGAAGGGCUUUCAGGUGUAUGUAUCCAGGUGGACAAGGAGAUUAUGCUGGAUUUCCUGGAUGUGGUUUACUUAGAUUACAUAGCACUUACCGACAUGAUCUCAAAAUCUACGCUUCUGAUGAGGGACGAGUUCAAAUGACUGCAGCAGCUUUUGCAAAGGGACUACUGGCCUUAGAGGGUGAGCUGACUCCUAUUCUUGUCCAGAUGGUAAAAAGUGCUAAUAUGAAUGGUCUGUUGGACAGCGACAGUGAUUCUUUAAGCAGCUGUCAGCAUCGUGUUAAAGCAAGACUCCAUGAAAUUCUCCAGAGAGAUAGAGAAUUUACUGCUGAUGACUAUGAUAAGCUUACUCCAUCUGGAAGCAUCUCAUUGAUAAAAUCAAUGCAGGUUAUUAAAAAUCCUGUAAAGACAUGUGACAAGGUCUAUUCCUUGAUCCAGAGCUUGACUUCUCAGAUCAGGCAAAGAAUGGAAGAUCCAAAGUCUGCAGAUAUUCAGCUGUACCACAGUGAAACACUAGAACUGAUGCUGCGCAGGUGGGCCAAGCUGGAAAAAGACUUCAAAACAAAAAAUGGAAGAUAUGAUAUUAGCAAAAUUCCUGAUAUUUAUGACUGUAUAAAAUAUGAUGUGCAGCACAAUGGCUCCUUAAAAUUAGAAAACACAAUGGAAUUAUACAGGCUUUCAAAGGCUUUAGCUGACAUUGUGAUCCCUCAGGAAUAUGGUAUUUCUAAGGCUGAGAAACUAGAGAUUGCCAAAGGUUACUGCACUCCUCUAGUUAGAAAAAUCCGUUCUGACCUUCAGAGAACUCAAGAUGAUGAUACUGUAAAUAAGCUUCACCCUCUUUACUCCAGGGGUGUUAUGUCUCCUGAACGCCAUGUUCGUACACGGCUGUAUUUCACCAGCGAGAGUCAUGUCCACUCCCUGUUAUCCACCCUUCGUUAUGGUGCCUUAUGUGACGAAUCAAAAGAUGAACAAUGGAAACGAGCUAUGGAUUAUUUAAAUGUUGUCAAUGAACUCAAUUACAUGACACAGAUUGUUAUCAUGCUUUAUGAGGAUCCAAACAAGGAACUUUCUUCGGAAGAACGUUUUCAUGUAGAGCUGCACUUUAGUCCAGGAGCCAAAGGCUGUGAGGAAGAUAAAAAUUUACCAGCUGGAUAUGGAUACAGACCUGCCUCCAGAGAGAAUGAAGGCUCGAAGAAAACCUCUCACAGAAAUGAUAGUGAUGAGGAGGCACAUGCUUCUAAAAGAGAUGAAACAGAUCGGUCAGUAGUGAUGUUCAAGCCAAUGGUAUCAGACCCAAUUCACAUACACAGAAAGUCACCCCUUCCAAGAUCCAGGAAGAUUGGUUCUGUUGAAGAAGAGAGCCCCCUGAGUGUGUCUAGCCCAGAGUGUAUUGGUACCUGGCUGCAUUACACCAGUGGUGUGGGUACUGGGCGUCGAAGACGCAGAUCAGGGGAACAAAUCACUUCUUCCCCUGUCUCCCCUAAAUCAUUGGCUUUCACAUCCAGUAUUUUUGGCUCAUGGCAACAGGUCCUGUCAGAAAGCAAUAGUAACUUACGAACACCGAGAACUAUUCUGGAACAAAAGCAGAGUGGUCUAGGGUCUCACUGUGCGGGCCUGUUUAGCACCUCAGUGCUCGGGGGUUCUUCAAGUGCACCUAACCUACAGGAUUAUGCUCGUACUCAUCGUAAAAAGCUGACUUCUUCUGGCUUCAUAGAUGGUUUUGAACUAUAUUCCAUGGUGCCUUCUAUUUGCCCUUUGGAAACUCUACACAACUCCUUGUCUCUGAAGCAGGUGGAUGAAUUUCUUGCAUCUGUUGCUGCUCCAUCAAGGGAAAAUCUACAGGAGACAGCUUCUUCAGCUUACAUGAUUCCACUGUCAGGAAGAAAAAUUUCUUUAAAUACAUAUACCCCUGCAAAAAUUCAACCAACACCACUUGAAACUUUGCCUGAAAGGCUAGCAACAGAGAAACCAACCUUAUCUACCCCUGGAUCUUCUGUUUGUGUAUCUAAUGUUAAGCUAUCUCUUGAAGAGGCCUCACUAGAUGUAGAACUUAGUGGUGAAACUCUUUCUGAGAAGAAAUGA